AUGGCAUCGGUACAAACACAGGCCAACGGCAACGGCGCCGCGGUACGGCCAGCACAGGCUGAGAAGGAGGGCGCGUACGAGAACAUAUUCCUCUUCAUCCCAAACUUGAUCGGCUACUCGCGCGUCUUCCUCGCCCUGAUCUCGCUCUACUACAUGCCCCUCCACCCACGCACAUGCACCCUCCUCUACAGCAUAUCCUGCCUGCUCGAUGCGCUCGACGGAUACGCCGCGCGGGCCUACGAACAGAGCACCAAGUUUGGAGCUGUGCUCGACAUGGUCACGGACAGGUGUACAACAACGUGUCUGCUCGUUUUCUUGGCGCAAGCGUUCCCGCGCUUCAGCAUCGUCUUCCAGGGCCUCAUCUCCCUCGACUUGGCUAGCCACUACAUGCACAUGUACGCGACGCUGAGCAUGGGCGGCAGCGGCCAGAGCCACAAGAACGUCAAUGAGAGCAGGAGUUGGUUGUUGAAGCAGUACUACUCCAAUAACAAAGUCCUCUUCACCCUCUGCGCCAUGAACGAAAUCUUCUUCAUCGCCCUCUACCUCCUCUCCUUCAGCUCGCCCCUCCUCUCCCCGACCCUCUUCUCCGACCUCAACAACCCUUCGUCCAUCCAGCCCGGCUCCCCCGCCGCUCCCAAACCCUCCAUGUUCUUCGCUAGCCCCUUCUCCGCCGCAGCCAUGGAGAUGGCUCGUGCCAACAAGAUGGACUCGACUGUUCCGUGGAUCUGCAUGUUGACGUCAGCUCCCUUUAUGGCUGUCAAGCAGUGGAUAAACGUUGUGCAGAUGGUUAAGGCGAGCCAGUGGCUCGCGGAGGGUGAUCGCGAGGCCAGGAGGAAGGCGGGUUUGCCUAGGAAGGGGGGCGCGAAGAAGAGUCAAUAG